AAUGAAUAUGUGACGCUCCCAUUUUUUCCUCCCCACCCCACCACCUCCUACAUUUUCUUUAUCACCAAUUUGCAUUAUACUAUUUCACAAAACAUGUUUUCAACUAUAAUCAAUCGAGCAUCACACGUCAAAUCUUUAUUUAUUCAAUAUAAACUUAGGCGAAAACAAAUAAAUAUGAAAACUGCCAACUCUCAGCAUAUCAAUAUAUAUAUAUAUAUCACCAUAAGAGCAAGUGAAGCUCAACUCAAGAUGGGAAGUUUGGAAAGGGAGGGUCCAGCAUAUGGCAACUCGAAAGAAGAAGAGGAGUCCCCCAUUGAAGAGGUGCGGCUGACGGUGACCAACACGGAUGACCCGAGCCUACCCGUAUGGACGUUCCGGAUGUGGUUCUUGGGUGUGGUGUCGUGCGCCAUGCUCUCUUUUCUGAAUCAAUUCUUCGCUUACCGGACGGAGCCCCUCGUCAUUACUCAGAUCACCGUUCAAGUUGCCUCGCUUCCCAUCGGCCAUUUCCUGGCCUCGGUGCUGCCCAAGGCCACCUUCCGCCUUCCCGGUUUCGGGUCCAACCGCUUCUCUCUCAACCCGGGCCCCUUCAACAUCAAGGAGCACGUGCUCAUUUCUAUAUUCGCCAAUGCCGGCUGCGCUUUUGGUAGCGGCUCCGCUUAUGCUGUUGGUAUCGUUACCAUUGUUAAAGCCUUUUAUGGGAGAAACAUCUCUUUCUUGGCUGGUUGGCUGCUCAUCAUCACCACUCAGGUAUUGGGAUACGGGUGGGCCGGGCUUUUGAGAAAAUACGUGAUCGAGCCGGCCCACAUGUGGUGGCCCGGGACUCUAGUCCAAGUCUCUCUCUUCCGGGCUUUGCAUGAAAAAGAUGAGGAACGCAUGUCCAGGGCUAAGUUUUUCCUGAUUGUGCUAAUUUGCAGCUUCUCUUGGUACUUAUUUCCAGGGUACCUCUUUACAACUCUCACAAGCAUUUCGUGGAUGUGUUGGACGUUCUCCAAGUCAGUCACAGCACAGCAGAUUGGAUCGGGCAUGAAAGGCCUUGGCCUCGGAGCCGUAACAUUAGAUUGGACAGCCAUAGCAUCCUUCUUGGGCAGCCCACUUGUAUCUCCCUUCUUCGCCAUAAUGAAUGUCUUUGCGGGUUAUGCACUCAUAAUCUACAUAGUACUUCCUACAGCCUACUGGGGAUUCAACUUGUAUGGCGCUACAAAGUUUCCAAUUUUCUCCUCGCACUUGUUCACAGCUCAAGGUCAGAAGUAUAACAUCUCUGCAAUUGUUAAUGACAAGUUCGAGUUGGAUAUUCAAACAUACGAACAGCAGGGCCGGAUACAUCUCAGCAUGUUCUUUUCCCUGACAUAUGGGUUUGGUUUUGCAACUAUUGCAGCUACUCUAACACAUGUGGCCUGCUUCUAUGGAAGGGAAAUAUCCGAAAGAUUCCGUGCUUCAUACAACAAAAAGGAGGACAUUCAUACAAGACUUAUGCGCAAAUACUCAGACAUACCUUCCUGGUGGUUCUAUAUAUUACUAGCAGCGACAUUUACCGCUUCUUUGAUGCUCUGCAUCUUCUUGAAUGACCAAGUUCAGAUGCCAUGGUGGGCACUUGUUUUCGCCUGUAUCAUUGCCUUUGUUUUCACGCUUCCAAUCAGCAUCAUUACAGCCACGACAAACCAGACUCCUGGGUUGAAUAUAAUCACAGAGUAUGUUAUGGGGCUCAUAUACCCAGGAAGACCAAUUGCAAAUGUCUGCUUCAAAGUUUAUGGCUACAUGAGCAUGGCACAGGCUGUCUCUUUCCUAAGUGACUUCAAGCUAGGGCACUACAUGAAGAUCCCUCCCAGAUCGAUGUUUAUAGUUCAGUCCGUGGGAACUAUUAUAGCUGGAACAAUCAAUAUUUCUGUGGCUUGGUGGCUGCUCACGUCUAUCAAAAACAUAUGCCAAGAUGACUUACUUCCACCAGACAGUCCAUGGACAUGCCCAGGAGAUAGAGUCUUCUUCGAUGCAUCAGUCAUUUGGGGUUUAGUGGGACCGAAAAGAAUUUUCGGAAGUCUUGGAAAUUAUAGUUCAAUGAACUGGUUUUUCCUUGGAGGUGCAUUAGGUCCUAUCAUUGUUUGGCUCUUCCACAAGGCAUUUCCAAAACAAUCUUGGAUACCUCUAAUUAACCUGCCUGUCCUUCUAGGGGCAACAGGUAUGAUGCCACCAGCAACACCAUUAAACUACAAUGCCUGGAUCAUCUUUGGCACGAUCUUCAACUACUUCGUCUUUCACUAUCGGAAAAGCUGGUGGCAAAGGUAUAACUACAUUGUUUCAGCGGCUCUAGAUGCUGGAGUAGCUUUCAUGGCAGUGGCACUCUAUUUUACAUUCGGCAUCGAGAAUAAAGAAAUAGAUUGGUGGGGCACGAGGGGUGAACACUGCAGCUUGGCCCCUUGUCCUACUGCUAAAGGCAUACAAGUUGCUGGUUGUCCAGUAUUCUAAAUCUAUUGUACUAAAUGGUGUCUACUACUAGGUAUCAAGGAUGAUAUUUGUUUCCCAGAUUUCUGUAUGUGUUAUGGAAUUGUAAACAAUAAUCAAUUUAGUAACUAGUCACAAUAGGAUAGGAACUAUUUCCUGUGUAAUACUUAAGAAUAUCAAUGCCAAAUUUAAAUCCCUUUCUCUUGUUA